AUGGUAGCGCCACCGCAGACGGCCGGGGAGAUGUGGGCCGGCCUGAGCUCGGCCCUGGCGGGGAUUAUGUUCGUGUGGAUGGCCGCUCAGAGGUUCAUUCCGACGGAGCUUUACGACCACGCCCAGAAGUGGACCGGGAAGCUGGCAAACCGCCUGUGGCCGUACGUCCACAUCUCCUUCCCCGAGUUCACCGGCGAGCGGAUGAAGCGCAGCGAGGCGUACGUCGCCAUCGAGGCGUAUCUCGCCGCCACCAGCACCGACUACGCGCGGCGGCUCAAGGCGGAGGUGGGCAAGGACAGCUCGAGCCUGGUCCUCAGCAUGGACGAGCACGAGGAGGUGACCGACGUCUUCGGCGGCGCCACCGUGUGGUGGUCCUCCCACAAGGCGGCGUCCAGAAGCCAGGGCUUCUCCUUUUACCCGGCGACGGACGAGAAGCAGUACUACGUGCUCACCUUCCACCGGCGGCACCGCAAGAUGGUCAACGGCGCUUACCUGGCCCACGUCAUGGAGAAGGGCAAGGCCAUCCGGGUGCAGAAGCGCCAGAGGAAGCUCUUCACCAACUGCCCCCACCUUGACUGGUCUGACUACAGGAAGCAUCUGUGGAGCCACGUGGUGUUCGACCACCCCGCGACCUUCGAGACGCUGGCUUUGGAGCCGGAGGUGAAGCGGGACAUCUUGCAGGACCUGUCCACAUUCAAGGAGAGCAAGGAGUAUUAUUCGAAGGUAGGAAAGCCGUGGAAGCGCGGGUACCUGCUCUACGGUCCCCCCGGAACGGGAAAGUCCACUAUGAUCGCCGCCAUGGCGAACUUCCUGGACUACGACGUGUACGACCUCGAGCUGACGGCGGUGAAGAACAACUCCAUGCUGAGGAAGCUGCUGAUCGAGAUCACGCCCAAGUCCAUCGUCGUGAUCGAGGACAUCGACUGCUCCGCAGACCUCACCGGCAAGCGGAAGCCCGGCGGCAGAGACGAGAAAACGUCGGAAGAGACGGAGAUCGAGAAAGCUAAGGCGGCGGCGACGGCGGCGGCGGGGAGAGGGAAUGAGGAGAGCAAGGUGACCCUCUCGGGGCUACUGAACUUCAUCGACGGCAUCUGGUCGGCGUGCGGAGGGGAACGCAUCAUCGUGUUCACCACCAACUACGUGGACAAACUCGACCCAGCGCUCAUACGAAGGGGCCGCAUGGACAAGCACAUCGAGCUCUCCUACUGCACCUUCGAGGCCUUCAAGGUUCUCGCCAGGAACUAUCUCGGAGUUGACUCUCACCCCCUUUUCCCCGCCGUGCACCAGCUGCUCAUCGAAGCUAAGAUCACGCCGGCCGACGUGGCGGAGAACCUGAUCCCCAAGACGCGCUCGAUCCAGGCCGAAGACGUCCGCGCCUGUCUAGAAAACCUUCUCGAGGCCCUCGAGGAGGCCAAGAAGAAACAAGAGGAGGAGGCGGCCGCGGCAGCCGUGGCGGCGGCCGCCGCCGAGCCCUCCCCGGAGAAGGAGAAGAAAGGAGGCGGCAGCGCGGGCACGGAGGGUGCCGUCGCCGUCACCCGAGAAUAA